GCCGGAACCACGUGAUGCGAGAGGCGGGGCCUGGCUAGCCGAGUGUAGUGUUGCGGAGGGCGCUGAAGGCUGUGUAUUGCCUUCCCGGAGAGUCGGUCCUCUGUGCCUGCGUCCUCCUGCGCGCGGGAUCUGGGCCGCUGCGGGAAAGGAAUAAUGCUGUCAUCAUGUCUGCACACUCCAUGCUUUGUGAGAGAAUCACCAUAGCCAAGGAACUGAUCAAGAGGGCAGAAUCACUUUCUAGAUCAAGAAAAGGUGGCAUAGAAGGUGGUGCAAAGCUGUGCAGCAAAUUGAAGGCAGAAUUAAAAUUCUUACAGAAGGUAGAAGCUGGUAAAGUAGCUAUUAAAGAAUCUCAUUUACAAAGCACAAAUCUAACACACUUGAGAGCCAUUGUGGAAUCGGCAGAAAACCUGGAAGAAGUUGUCAGUGUCCUUCAUGUUUUUGGUUACACAGAUACCUUGGGAGAAAAGCAGACCCUUGUGGUGGAUGUUGUCGCAAAUGGUGGUCACACCUGGGUGAAAGCCAUUGGCCGAAAGGCUGAAGCGCUGCAUAACAUCUGGCUGGGCAGGGGCCAGUAUGGUGACAAAAGCAUCAUUGAGCAGGCUGAGGACUUCCUCCAGGCCAGUCACCAGCAGCCAGUGCACAGCAACCCUCACAUCAUAUUUGCAUUUUAUAACAGUGUCUCUAGCCCCAUGGCAGAAAAGCUGAAAGAAAUGGGCAUAUCUGUAAGAGGAGACAUUGUAGCGGUCAACUCUCUGCUAGAACACCCUGAGGAGCUCCGACUGAGUGAGAGCGAGUCAGAUGACGAGGGCCCAGAACUUCUGCAGGUGACAAGAGUAGACCGAGAAAAUAUACUCGCAAGUGUUGCAUUUCCAACAGAGAUCAAGGUUGACGUGUGCAGGAGAGUAAAUCUGGACAUUACUACUUUAAUCACAUAUGUAUCUGCCCUGAGUUAUGGAGGCUGCCACUUCAUCUUCAAAGAAAAAGUACUCACGGAACAAGCCGAGCAAGAGAGGAAAGAGCAGGUUCUACCUCAGCUAGAGGCAUUUAUGAAGGACAAGGAGCUGUUUGCCUGUGAAUCUGCUGUCAAGGAUUUUCAGUCCAUUCUAGAUACCUUAGGGGGACCUGGAGAGAGAGAGAGGGCUACUCUACUAAUUAAACGAAUCAGUGUUGUGCCAGACCAGCCUUCUGAGCGUGCCUUGAGACUAGUGGCCAGUUCAAAAAUUAACAGCUGUUCAUUAACAAUUUUUGGAACAGGAGAUACCUUGAAAGCCAUCACAAUGACUGCCAAUAGUGGUUUUGUCAGAGCUGCAAACAACCAGGGUGUUAAGUUCAGUGUGUUUAUUCAUCAGCCCAGAGCACUUACUGAGAGUAAAGAGGCUUUGGCCAUGCCCUUGCCAAAAGACUUCACAAACGAUAGCAUGUACUAACUAAUGGUAUCUUUUAAAUGUCAUGGAAAUAAGUUAUUUAUACCAAAGGCUGGCAAUUCCCAUCUAAAUUGGGGGGGAAAGGUUGAUAGUAAAAAAUGAUGUUUAGAACUCUUAAACAUUUAAGUAGAAUUUUGUGUGUGUUUCAUCAUUUGAGGUCUGUAAAAAUUAGAAAAAGCACAAGAGAAUUUUAUUUAUAUUAUAUUACAAACUACAUACAGCAGUUAAGAGCAGAAAUAUAUCUGUAUGAAGCUUUUAGCUGUCUUGGAAGACUUGUUAGGUUCCAAAGGGCUUCAGCCCUCACUACAGGUAAUCAUGGAAUAUGGCUACAUGAUUCUUUAAUUCAUUAAAUAUCUGGAGAGAGCUCUGAAGCCUGGAUUUCAUUGUAUUGGUUCAUCAGUUGUGUAAGUUGGAAGUGGGAGAUAAUAGUUAUUUCAGAUUCUAAAGGUACUGCUUUUGGGUAUUAUUAAUUACGCCAACAUUACAACUACCCUGAACAAAAUAGAAGCCUGACUCUUAAAAUAAAAGUUUUUAAGAAUGGGCUCAAAGUCAGGACAUAAGUUCCCUUAGCUAUCGGAACCAUUUGUCUCCCAGAACUGUGCCUAUGGCUCUCUUGUCCCUUUAACCUGUGCAGAUGGAACUGUGUCCUCUCCCUGUGCUGAUGGACUGACUCUGGAACUCUGUUUUUUCCACCUUGUCCAUGUGGUAGGCCACACCCAUAAUUUAUUCAGAAUGGUUCUUCCAGCUUCAUUGGGGAAGUAGAAGUUCAAGCUCAGCUCCACCCUGUUCUCAGUAGAUCAUCUGGCCUUUUCAUUCAUCCACGGUCACUUGUCCUCUCCCAAUCUCCACUGUGUCCCCUGGAUGUGGAUGUGUGGGCUGCUUCAGUGCUUUGAUGCACUAAUUCUUAAACGCACACCCAUAUUCAUUCAUUGUUUUUUUUUUGUGUGGAGUACCAAACUGAAGUUGCCAGGAGACUCCCAUCAUCAGACCCAAGAGCAUGGUUUUGCUGGAAUUAAAGUCAUUGGUCUAGAUUGUGUCCACUAAGUCAUUCCUCCAGUUGCUUGUUUACAAUGAAAAGAAGUUUGCUUUGUGGCAGGCAGAGUCUAUUUGCAGAGUUUAUAAUCAGAAGAAAUGAAUUGUGAAUCUUUUGAUUCCCAUCUAUCUACUGAUAUCUACUAUUGUAAAAAGAAAGUCAAUAAUAUUACUAAACUAGAACACUGAAGGUAAAAUGUUAGUCAAGUUAAAAAUUAAAAUGGUUUUUAAACUUA